AUUAUUCAUUACAAGUAAACAACUUUUUUUGCAAGUGCUACUUUGCUAAUAACUUUGUUACUAUGAGCGAUUUAAGGGAAUUGUUGGUAAAACGUAGUUCGAUUAAAGGACGUUUAACUAAAUUUAAGAAUUACCUAACUACAUUGCCACUGGACAAUACUAUUUCACCAGUGGAAAUUGGCAAAUUAGCUUGCAAAUUAAGUAAUUUUGAAGCGUUAUUUAAGGACUUUGAGGCUUUGCAAGAUGAUGUCGAAAUAUUAAAUGAAGCCACAUUAAGCACGGAGUUGACUGAACGCGAUUUAAUCGAACAAGAUUUCUACCAUUGUAUUGCCGUGGCCCGGGAUAUUUUAGACAAAUAUAAGCGUAGCAACCCCGAUCGUGAUAGUGAGUACGACUCAACCGCGACCAACCCUCACAACGCUGACCGGGAUCUUAUGGGUUUUCGUCUCCCUGUUAUAAAAAUUCCCACUUUUGACGGAACCUAUUACCGCUGGCUAGAAUUCCGGGAAAGUUUCCACUCCUUAAUACAUAAUAACGAUAAAAUUAAAAAUAUACAUAAAUUUUAUUAUUUAAAUUCGUAUUUAGAGGGCGAGGCAGCUCGAGUGAUUUGUAAUUUAGAGGUUUCUGACCAAAAUUAUCCCGAAGCGUGGAAAUUGUUGCGCGAACGAUAUGACAACAAACGUCAAUUAGUCAACAAUCAUUUAAAAUCAUUAUUUAAUUUGGAACCUAUCACGCGUGAGUCCGAUAAGAGUCUUAGGUAUAUUGUUGACCACGUUUGUAAGAACUUGCGUGCUCUCAAGACUUUAGGUCAGCCCGUAGACCAAUGGGACACCUUGAUAAUUUUUAUGAUGACGUCAAAAUUGGACACCGCCACGAGUGUAAAAUGGGAAGAGCACAAAAACUCUCUCGCGGACAUGCCUACGCUAGAUAAUUUUCAUUCAUUUCUAAAAGGUCGUGCAGAUGUCCUUGAAACCGUUCAGCGGAAUAAACAGGACAAGUCAUUUAAGCGCCAACCAGACGCACCUGUUUUACCGCAGCGGUCUAAACCUAGUCAGCCUAGUGUUAAAGCCUUCGUGGCUCACACCAGUGAACCUUCCGGUUCCAAACCACUUCACUGCGUGAUUUGUAAUGGAGAGCAUCGAAUCUUUGACUGUGCGUCUUUCAAGGCCAAAUCACCCGAGGACAGGCUUGCUCAGGCAACUACUUUAAAAUUAUGUCACAACUGUCUGAGAGUAGGGCAUGAAGUGCGACGUUGUAGGUUGCCUGUCGUUUAUGUAAACAACGUCACAACACACUCUUGCACAAAGAAACCGAGGCUAGUGAUGAUGCCAUUCAGGCCAACCUUUCAAAGUUGAAUGUGCCAACCCCAUCUAAAGGUCUACUAGCAAAGGCUUUGGUCAAUUUGGUAAACCCGACUUCAAAAAAGGUAGUUACCGCGCGUUGCCUACUUGAUCCCGGUAGCGAGUCGUCGUUUAUCACUCAAGACAUUAAGCAAAAGUUAGGCUUGACUUCUCUCACUCCUAACAAUCUCACCCAGAAGAUUGAAGGUGUAUGUGACAUUGAAGUUAGUAUCAAGGUCGAUCGUUGUAUUGUCGAAGUUCAAUCUCCACGAAAUUCGUACAGUGCUAUAUUAACAUGCACCGUCUUAUCAAAGAUAACUAACCCUAUACCACAAGUCAGCUAUGACAUCAGCCACCUCAACUUAGCUCCCUUCGAACUUGCGGAUCCUAGCUUUAAUAAAUCGUCCCAAAUUGACAUUCUCAUAGGUGCUGACCUCUUUUGGGAUAUACUAGGGUCUCAGAAACGAUCUUUAGGACAUGACAAGCCUAUUUUAUGGAGCACUAAAUUUGGAUGGAUAGUCGUAGGUCCCAAGCAGCAGUUUAAUACUCAAUCUAAUUCCACGAUUCGUUGCAACUUUGCUCGCACAAGCGACCUUCAUGACGAACUCGCUAAAUUCUGGGAAUUAGAGGGCCUACCUCAGAAAAAACAACCUUUAACCGAGCAGGAACGUUUGUCCGAACAAAGUUUCGUCGCAACUACCGAACGUUCAGACGAGGGGCGCUUUAUUGUCAAAAUUCCCCUAAAAGACGAGCCCGACUGCUUAGGUGACUCUUACAAUGCAGCCAAGAAAAGAUUUUUCCACUUAGAACGACGUUUUAGGAAGCAGCCAGAAGUCAAGGAACGUUAUUCCAAGUUCAUUCACGAAUACGAGGAACUUGGCCAUCUUUCUCCUUCGACCAUUCCAAGGCCUACAAAUGCGUUCUUUCUCCCCCACCAUCCUGUUAUUAAGGAAAAAAGCGAGUCUACAAAACUGCGCGUUGUCUUUGAUGCUUCGGCGCGCACUUCCUCUGGACUCUCUAUAAAUGACCUACAAAUGGUAGGGCCUACAAUACAAGAUUCACUCUUCAACAUUCUCAUCCGUUUUCGGCAAUAUCGCUUUGUGCUUUCCGGAGACAUUGAAAAAAUGUACCGCCAGGUCUUGGUGCACGAGUCCCAACGCAAUCUGCAGCUCAUACUAUGGCGUGAUGACGAGUCGCAACCAUUGCGAACUCUGAGACUUAAUACAGUUACAUAUGGGUUCGCUAGCGCUAGUUUUCUUAGCACUCGGUGCAUCUGGCAGCUUGGUGAGGAGUGUCAAGAUCCUUUAGUAAAAACCAUCCUCCAGAAGGAUUUCUACGUCGACGAUCUUUUGACCGGGCAUGAUGAUGAAGAGCGACUUUGCUUUAUUCAGAAGUCUGUCUCUCAAAGCUUGGCCGCAGGAGGGUUUCCUUUAAGAAAAUAUAGGUCCAACUUACCUUCUAUACUCACUGCGGAAGCCAACAACACCGAGGGCAAUCUGAUGCUCAGUGCUGCCACUGACACCCUUGGUCUUGACUGGGAUCCAUCAGUGGACGUUCUACGCUUCACCAUUGAAAUUAACCAAGUCGGAACUCUAACUAAGCGGAGUAUACUUUCAUCAACCUUUAAAAUAUUUGACCCGCUUGGUCUCGUCUCACCUUGCACAAUAAUACCUAAGCUUAUCAUUCAAGGUCUGUGGUCUUUGGGGCUAAAUUGGGACGAUCCUGCUCCUCAAGACAUACAGUCAUCUUGGCAGAAGUUUGCUGACAACAUUAGUAGCAUCUCUGAGUUGUUAAUUCCUAGGCGAGUCUUGAUUGACAACUACGUAUCUGUAGAAAUGCAUGUCUUCUGUGACGCCUCUCAAAAGGCGUACGGCGCGGCUGUCUACCUCCGAUCUAUAGAUGCUGAGGGUAGAGUUUUAGUGCGUCUUCUCUGUGCUAAAAGUCGCGUCGCCCCCAUAAAGGUUGUCACUAUUCCGCGUCUAGAAUUAUGCGGCGCCCUUCUUGCAGCCCAAUUAAGCGUCACAGUGACUGACGCCCUCCGCUGCCAAAUAUCGCGUCAUGUCUAUUGGACUGACUCUAGCGUCGUGUUAUCAUGGCUAAAUACAAGCUCAAAUAAAUUAAAAACGUUUGUUGCUAACAGGAUUAGCGAGAUAGGAGAACUAACUGACGUAUCUGCUUGGCGCCACGUUCCCACUUUAGAAAACCCAGCAGAUCUUUUAUCUCGCGGCGUUGAACCGAAUCGCAUCGGCGGCUGUUCCGUUUGGUGGCAAGGACCUACCUUCUUGCAAGGCCCUGAAGCAUCUUGGCCUUCACUGAGCUCCACCCCCAAGCAGGAUCCGCAAGAGUUGCCAGAAUUGAAGGUGCAUACAGUCACAAUCAUGGAACCUUUUCUUCAAUUCUCAAUUUUUUCUAAACUCUGCCGAUUACAACGAGCUCUAGCUUUUGUCUAUAGAUUCAUCAACAAUUGCAGAGAGCCUAACAACAAACUAUCUGGUCCCCUCCAAGUUAAUGAAUUAAAUAAAUCAUUUGACACUCUAGUCAAAUUUUCUCAAAACGAAUCCUUUGGUAACGAGAUAAGGCUAUUAGAGGACAAAAAGACGCUUAAUCGCAAAUCGAAUAUUAUCUCUCUUGAUCCCUUUCUUGAUACCCAAGGAAUUCUUAGAGUUGGUGGCCGCUUGGCAGGUGCUUCAGUAUAUACAUUCGAUAAAAGGCACCCUAUAAUUUUACACGCGAACCACCCCUUUACUAAGUUGCUCUUUCGACAAGAGCAUCAGCUAUUGUUUCACGCUGCACCACAGUUAUUGUUAGGUGCCAUAAAGGAUCGCAUGUGGCCUAUAGGUGGAAGAAACCUGGCAAGGCGUACUUACCAUAUUUGUUCUAUCUGUAGGCGUUUUAGAGGCAAGACUCUUACUAAUAAAAUGGGCAAUCUGCCCGCCGAGAGAGUUACUCCCGACUACCCUUUUUACACAACUGGAACUGACUUUGCUGGUCCAUUCUUAAUUACUGACCGCAAAGGCCGAGGAUGCAAGAUAACAAAAGCAUAUCUUUGCAUCUUCAUUUGCUUCCGAUACAAAUGCAUUCAUCUUGAAGCAGUAAGUCAGCUGUCAAAAGACGCUUUUACCUUGUGCCUCCAAAGGUUUAUAUCGCGUCGCGGCAAACCUAAACAAAUCUUUUGCGACAAUGGUAGGAAUUUUGUUGCUACUGCAAAGGAAAUCAAUGAAUUUCUAAAGUUUAAUACGGAUGGCAUCAUCGAUUUUGCGGCCAACAAAGGUAUUGAAUUUCGCUUCUCUCCAGCAUACGCUCCUAACUUCGGUGGGCUGUGGGAGGCCGGUGUUAAAGCCGCUAAAUAUCAUUUAAAUAGGGUCCUGGGCAAUGCCCAUUUAACGUUCGAAGAACUAUCGUCCCUAUUCAGUCAGAUUGAAGCCAUCCUAAACAGCCGUCCCCUUUGUCCUCUGAGCUCAUCACCCCAAGAUUUCGCUCCUCUUACCCCGGGACACUUUUUGAUAGGUAGGCCCCUCACUGCGUUACCGUCGCCGUGCCUAUUAGACUCCAACACAAAUCGCCUCGACAGAUUCCAGCGUCUUGAACAGAUUCGACAGCAUUUUUGGAAGCGCUGGAGCUCCGAGUAUAUCCCUGAAUUGCAGCAGCGCACGAAGUGGAAGCUCAGAUGCAAGGACCUCAAACCAAAUGACCUUGUUCUGCUAAAGGAGGAUUUCACGCCGCCACUCAACUGGCGCCUCGGCAGGGUCGAACGAAUCUUCCCAGGGACUGAUGGCAUCCCUCGAGUCGCCGAUAUUUCCACAGCUCGAGGCACAGUUCGUCGAGCCAUCAACCGCAUCUGUCUACUCCCGUCCCCAGAUGACGCAGAGUCUUGAAAGCUUCAGGAGCUUUCAAGGGCGGGGAGAAUGUUCACGCGAAACGGAACGCUUCACGAUUACCGGACGAGUAGAGCGACGUCACGGAUCUAGUGUCAAAAAUAACUC